AUGUUCAGGCAUGAAGAGAGCCACGGAAAGUAUGCGGUGGUGUCAGAGGCUGCCUGGAGUAGGUCUGGUUAUUCGAUUCACGAAAACAAGGCUGACAGAAGACAAGGCUCUCCACCAAAGAAACAAUUGAAAGCCCCCAAAUACUAUACGCCAUUCUCGACCAGAUGGCCUGCUUUGACCCUGAUCUUCCUGAUCAUACUGGCUUGUAUUGCCGUGCUGGAGUAUGGCGUUCGCUCUGGCUUGACGCUGGAAGAGAAGGACCAGCAACAGAAUCACAGAAGGCUGAAGAGGCAGGACGCAGGGGUUUCAAGCUCGCCAACAACCGCAAUAAGUACAACAGUAAUCGACGACUCGAGCUCUUCUACGUCCACGCAAGCACUGACUGUGAGCACCUCGAGUGGUGUCUACAUUGACCCAGCGACGACAUCAGCUUCGGGUCCAUCCUCUACAUCAAUCACUUCCACCAUGCUCCCAGUUUCGUCUUCCACAACAGCAUAUAUCAAUCCCAUCACCAGCCAGACGCCAACAAUACCAUCGACCGUCUCGACAGCAUACGUCGCACCCGUCACCAGUCCAACAAAAACAUCUGGCGGAGUGACGACAACCAUGACCACCACGAGCAGCACUGGUGCGUAUAUUGCGCAAUCAGCAACCGACCCCGACAUCUCUGCAACACCCGUCAUGACCAGCGGCACGACUCCCUACAUUGUGCAAUCCCAGAGUACAAGCACUACCCCGAUGAUGGCUACAACGACGGUGGGGAGCGGCACUACUCCAUACAUCGUCCCAUCAACCACCUCGCCUGGGACUUCUGCCACCCCAUUGAAGGUGAGCAGCAGCACCACUGCAUAUAUAGCGCAGUCUACGGCUGCUACUAGUGCCUCAGGGAAAGGGACAACCAGCACCACCACCACCUGGUACGAGACGACCACGGGAUAUCGCGACUUCACGUACGCACACCACGACACCUAUAGCAUUGACUGGUUUGGGGACCCAUCCACCCCACCAUCAUCGGCCAAAACAAGCUACCAACAACUCACUGCAUUGAUUACCUACACCACGGAGGAUGCGUCGGGCAAUACAGUAACGGCCGUGGCAACAGAGACAUACGGCGUCGCUGUAAUGACUGAAACAGUCCUCGACGCUUCUGGCAGUCUAUCAACCAUCACCGCAACGUUGACCUCCUACAGUGGCACCAUAGCCCCGACAGUCCUCGCCGAAAGUACCUCUGUCCCAACCACUCCUCCCGAUCAUCAGAGGGCAAAUGAGGUCGAGCUUGGCCUGGCCGUGAGCAACCUUCAAUACUUUCGCGCCAUAUACCUACCUGUCCUGGUAGCAGUCGUCCUCAAGCUGAUUUGGGCCAUUGUAUUCACUUCUACCAAGAUGAUGGAGCCAUUUCAUCUCCUGUCCCGGGAGAAGGGUGCCUCUGCCACGGAAUCCCUUUUGGCCGACUAUCUGGCCACCAGUCUGUCGAUUGAGGAUAUAUGGAACAUGUUUCUAUGUCAUCCUGUUGUCACCCUGGUUGGUGUCGUCUACCUUUGCCUGAGCGCUCUUCCUGCCAUUGCAACUCAAUCUACGACUGUGAGAGCGAUUGCAUGGUGCAGGAGCCCCACGCUCAUUGUGGAACGGUGCAAUCCCAUGUGGUACCUCAAGGUCGACUAUGCGAGAGCUCUUCAAGCGAUCCUUGCUCUUAUUGGGGUCAUCAUUCUUCUAGUCAUCGCACUGUCUAGUCGCCGUCGCAGUGGGGUAUUCUCCAAUCCGUCCUCGAUUGCUACAAUGGCUUCACUCCUCAACAGCGAAGACUUCAUGGAGGACUUGCGGAAAAUUGACCAAAGAUCGAGCCGUUCGUCCGCGAAACAAAUCCUCAAACCUUACAGAUACAUGCUGCGCCAACAUCAGACAACGACGGGUUAUAUCAGGUAUGGGAUUGUAAAGGCGCCUGAACAAUCGCCAGAGCACUCAGUCAGAUACACCAAACAGCCGAAAUAUUCUGCUCUGACACCGCGCCCGGGUGAGAGCGAAAUGCACACCCCCAAAAGUACGCUUUCAAACAGAUUCCUCAUCGAUACAAUCUUCCUGCUUUGCAUUCUAGCACUUCUCGGUGUACUUGUAGGGUACUAUAUGGAUGGGCACGAUGAUCCCUUCAACAACUAUUUCAACCACAACCCGACGAGUCAACUUGUCCUCACAGCAGCUGCCAGUCUACUUGACAUUCGCUGGAAACAGUUGGAGCGAGAAGUCCGACUUCUGACACCUUAUCGACGACUAUUCCAGGGGUCUUCAAAGCCAGAGGCCACGAUCCUGGUGUCCCAGAACUCGACGCCUCUAACAAGCAUCUUCCAGGCGCUCUGGAGGGGCAACUUCUUCCACGUUUUUGUGGCCUUUGUAGCCAUUCUGUCGGAUGUUUUGAUCAUUGCCAUCGGUGGCGUGCCGUUCAACUCUGCCCAGAUCUGGCUCGAUUUCCUCGUCAGUAUAUACACCAGCUGGGCCAUCCUGGCCCUGAUGGUGCUGACCGUUUUCGCAAUUUUCCGCUGGCGGGCGUUGAACGAGAAAAUGAUGAUGCCGUGCGAACCCACAAGGCCGCUUACCGUAUGGCUGAUGCUGUGCAAUCGGGACAAUCACCUCCGCGAGGACAUGCAAGGGUACGAAACCAUGGCGCCAAGGGAGAGAGACGACAAGGUCAAAAUGAGAGGCGGGCUGUACUGGGCCGGGUGGCUCACGCAGCCGGACGGGUCCAGGCGCUGGUGUUUGGAAAAGGAGAAUGGGCAGGCGUCGGGGAUGAACAUGAUGGGCGCGCCUUCCUCCUCCCCCAAAAUCCAGAAACAGAGCCCUCAAUCGGGCGACAUCGUCCACGACGGCAACGACGCGCCCACAAUGCUGCAGUCUCCGGCAAAGAGACGAAAGAUCGAACCGAGUCUGUCGCAGCCAACGAGUGCCACCUCGGCAGCCAACGGACAGCCAACGACUCCUACCAGAGCCUCCUACCGCUCUCCCACCAAAAGUUCCUUGGCACGUUCCCAUCCGCACCUCAUCACUCGAUCUGCCCGCCGCUCAGCCACCGAACCAAGGGGAAGGCUCUUGAGGGACGAAAUCCUGGGGAGACAUGAGCAUGUUCCCGAACCGCCCAAGACGGCAUCCCAGGUUCCUAGCCAGAAGAGCCUCGACGGUGCACCCGACCCAUCUACCACACAAGCGAACGAAAACCUGUCGGUUCAAGAUUCCACUGCGUCGCUCAAGGAGGCCACGACCACAAGAACAGACCAAGUCACCGACAUUGACCGGCCGGCGCUGAAAGAGCGGCAGCCCGCACAACAUCCAGCCUGGGAGAGAUCUGCAUCUAGUGAAGAGGCUGCUCCACCAUCAAUCCUGCCCAAGCUGGUCACUAGAAAAGACACGGAUGCUAGACCUGUUGCGCGAGGCGUGAGUGGCGAACCCGAGCUACCUCCCACGCCUGUUGAGCUAGGUCUGAGCCCUGCACCGGAACGGCCUCGUGGUUUGGCAUCCAGCAGCAGCCCAAGGAGCUCAAAGAUGAGUGGCAGAUCAGGUAGAUGGAGAGAUGAAUCACGGAUGCCCGUCACAAGCAGUCCUCUCAAGCCUAGAGCCCCUCCAAUCGAUGAAGCCUCCGACGGACAGAGCGUCAGUGGGCAGGACGAUGCGCAGGAAGCACCAGAAAGUGAGCUUGAAGAGGCACAAGAAGACAUCGAGGCACCUUCUGAACCACGUGGAGAACAAGCAUCGACAUUGGAGACGCUGAGAGGGAAAUUACAGCAAUUAGAAGGAGAGAACGAGAAAUUGCAGGCAGCUCUUGUUGAUGACAAGAAUGUGAGCGAGGAAACUGUUUCUAUGCUACAGCAAUCACUCUUGGAGGACAGAUCUCUCCGAGGCCUCGGGUCUACUGAUGGCGGCGGAGCAAUGUCCGCUCACUUAUCGUUGUUUGCACCUGCUAACCUGCAACUGACUGCUCGAACGGAGACUAAGGUAAUCAGAGAUCGUACGAAGAUUGUCCACUUGUUGAAAAUUGACGCUCCACCCCCGUGGCUCCCAGAUGCACUCUCCUGCGCUUUUGAAGUGGUCGUUGAUGCGGAAAAUGUCCAGGUUGAACACAUUGAAUUGAAGGAAGUAAUGAGCAGAGCGCGCCGUACCAAGACAACGAAAGCCGAGAUCUUCAAAUGGGUUAAUGGCCGUCUGGAGCAUCCUUUACACCGGCUUGAUGUCGGUGGACUGAUCUGGGGAAUCGGGCGAUGGUUCAAUGCUGCAAUUGAACGUGCCAAAGUAUUCCAGUGGCUGGAUAUCAAAUACAACAGCUCUUUGUCCGAUGAUGAGCAUCAGAUCAAAGAAGAAAAGGAUCAACAGCUGACUCAGGACAAGGCUAUUGAACUGGCACGCUACUUGGAUAUGACGCAGAAUGCGGCAGUCGACGCAGAAAUGAAUACCACAGCAGGCGGCAAGAAAUUCAGGAGGAAGGUCAUGCUCUCAUGGGCCAUCAAUAUUGACUGGGCUGGCGGACCUACAUCUGACAUCCAGAUCUCUGUUUGUGGGAUUCCCCAGAAAGCAGAGCCUGGAUUGAGGACGGUCUUCUGCAGCUUGAUCCCAACGCUUGGUGUCAAGGGAGCAUUCGAGAACAUUUGGACAUUGAUCCAUGGAGACAGCGACGAGUUCAAAUUUACCAGUACGCUGAAGGGCAAGAAAAAGGCGUGA